GGGGCGGCACGGAGAUCGGACGGGGCGCCGCUGGACCGGAGGCUCGCUCGUGUACCGGAGCUGCGCCCGCCCUGCUGACGUCAUCAGGGUCACCGGGUCACCUGCGACUUCCGUGGUGCGCUGCGUUUGUCGUUUGUCUGUCGCUGUCGGCUGACGUUUCGACUGAACACUCACAGCACGUCAACAUGCACAUCUCUCGGCUGCUGGUGUGGCUGGUUGUGAGCGCCGGCCCAGCGUGCAGCUCUCCAGCCUCCGUCUCCUCCAGCUCGUCCUUCGGCUCCUCCUCUGUCUCGUCUUCCGCCUCUGGAUCCGUCUCAUCCGCUUCUUCCUCCGCCUCCGGGUCUGCCGCAGCCUCCGUCUCCUCUGGGUCUGGCUCAGUCUCCUCUUCUGUCUCCUCCCGGUCCGGCUCUGUCUCCUCCCGGACAGGCUCUGUCUCCUCCUCCGUGUCCUCCGGGCCGGCUUUGGCCGCCGCGGACUUCGACUACAGCGACCCGACAGAUUACGGCGACUACGGCGACUACGGCGACUACGGACCGGCCAAGCCGUCGCUCUCCUUCACCAUCUUCGAGGAUACGCAGGCGCGUCGGCCAGAAGCGCAGCAGACUCGGCUGUCGCCCUGCACCUGGGCCGUCGUCAACUGCUGCAACAACUCCGACGCCAGGGGCAGUCGGAUAGCGUGCUUCGAGCGGCAGGGCUGCAAGGGCGCCUGGUUUGAGGACCUCUGCACGCCGGAGGUGAAGCGUGGCGUAUUUCGCCAGGUGUUCGGCUCUAUCCAAGGGUAGUGGAGCGUGACUGUGACCUCAGGGCACUUCCGUCUGGCGCCCAAGGUUGCUCGCCGCCCGCCUUGAUGGUUGGCUACUGGUGAGGCCUACGAGCGCGCGCCGGGGCCUGUAGCGACGUGCCGGGUGGUCCGACUG